AUGGAGGUCUUCUGCUCAGAUGACCUUCAGGAGAAUAAGCUUUGGGCAACACGGCUGAUGGACAGCUUCUCACUGCUGCACUUUGAGGAGUGCUUCAAGCCAGGACUGCUUCCCAUGAUCUGGCACUUGCGAGCGGGCGGCCGGCCUGCCUGCCAGCUAGUCAGCCGCAGGCGAGCGCGGCGAGCUGGGGUCCGAGCUAGGAGCGCGGCGCGAACGGCGGCGUGUUCCUCUGCUCCGCCGCGGCCGCCGUCGGCGGCCCGAGCACUGGCUUCCUUCCCUCCCCUCCCCUGCGCUCCCGCCUGGGGUCUCGGGGCGGGGGGCGAAGGGAAGGGACAGAGGAGGAGCCGGGUGCUGCGGCCCCGGGGCGCGCCGGACUCCAGCCGCCCGCACUAUGCAGGCGGGCUGCUGGCCGCCGCGACGGCGAGUUGGGCGGUGCUGAGAGCCAGGCGCAGCUCGCAGAGUCCUCGAGUCCGGGCCGCAGCCGCUGCCCAUGCCCGGGCCGCGCUCCCCCUCUCCCGCUCCCUCCCUCCCGGCUCCAACUCCUCCUCCAAGCCAUUGUUCCUUCUGCUCCUACUUAUCUUGCUCCUGCUGCUCCGGGACGCCGGGGCCCAGCAAGGUGAUGGAUGUGGACACACUGUACUAGGCCCUGAAAGUGGAACUUUUGCAUCCAUAAACUAUCCGAAGACCUGUCCCAACAGCACUGUUUGCAAAUGGGAGAUCCGUGUCAAGAUGGGAGAACGAAUUCCCAUCAAAUUGGGUGACGAUGACAUUCAAGAUACUGAUUCUUGUCACUUUAGUUACUUGAAAAUUUAUAAUGGAAUUGGACUCGGCAGAACAGAAAUAGGUAAAUACUGUGGUCUGGGGUUAAAAGUGAACCAUUCAAUUGAAUCAAAAAACAAUGAAAUUACAGUGAUGUUCAUGAGUGGAGACCAUAACUCUGGACGAGGAUUUUUUGCUGUAUACUCAGUUAUAAAUAAACAAGAUCUAAUUACUUGUUUAGAUACUGUAUCCAACUUUUUGGAACCUGAAUUCAGUAAGUACUGCCCACCUGGUUGUCUCCUUCCUUUUGCUGAGAUAUCUGGAACAAUUCCCCAUGGAUAUAGAGAUUCCUCACCAUUAUGCGUGGCUGGUAUACAUGCAGGAGUAGUGUCGGAUGUGUUGGGUGGCCAGAUCAGUGUUGUAAUUAGUAAAGGCAUCCCAUACUAUGAAAGUUCUUCGGCCAACAACCUCACAUCUGUGGUGGGAUACUUAUCUACAAGUCUUUUUACAUUUAAGACAAGUGGUUGUUAUGGAACAUUGGGAAUGGAAUCUGGUGUGAUUGCUGACCCUCAGAUAACAGCAGCAUCAGUACUGGAGUGGACUGACCACACAGGGCAGAAGAACAGUUGGAAACCUGAAAAGUCCAGACUGAAAAAACCUGGACCUCCUUGGGCUUCAUUGGCCACUGAUAAAAAUCAGUGGUUACAAAUAGAUCUGAAUAAGGAAAAGAAAAUAACAGGCAUUAUCACCACUGGAUCCACCAUGGUAGAGCACAAUUAUUACGUAUCUGCUUACAGAAUUCAGUAUAGUGAUGAUGGGCGGAAUUGGACUGCGUACAGUAAGAGGAGGACAGAGCCGUACAAGAUAUUUCAAGGAAACAAAGAUUAUCACCAGGAUGUGCGUAACAACUUUUUGCCACCAAUUAUUUCACGUUUUAUUAGAGUGAUCCCUAUGCAAUGGCAGCAGAAAAUUGCCAUGAAAGUGGAACUGCUCGGAUGUCAGUUUAUUCCUAAAGGUCGUCCUCCAAAACCUACUCAACCUCCACCUCCUCAGAAGAACAAUGACUGCAAAAACACCACAGCCCCUCCCAAAGUAGCCAAAGGUCAUGCCCCAAAAUUUACUCAGCCAUUACAACCGCGCAGUAGUAAUGAAUUUCCUGCACAGACAGACCAAACAACUGUCACUCCUGAUAUCAAAAAUACGACCAUAACUCCAAAUGUAACCAAAGAUGUAGCAUUGGCUGCUGUUCUUGUCCCUGUGCUAGUCAUGGUCCUCACCACUCUUAUCCUAAUAUUAGUAUGUGCUUGGCAUUGGAGAAGCAAAAAGAAAAAAACUGAAGGCACCUAUGACUUACCUACCUGGGACCGGGCAGGUUGGUGGAAAGGAAUGAAGCAGUUUCUCCCUGCCAAAUCAGUGGAACACGAGGAAACCCCAGUUUGCUACAGCAGUAGUGAAGUUAAUCAUUUAAAUCCGAGAGAAGUCACCACAAUGCUACAAACUGACUCUGCAGAGUAUGCACAACCACUUGUGGGAGGAAUUGUGGGUACACUUCAUCAGAGAUCUACCUUUGAACCAGAAGAAGGAAAAGAAGCAGGUUAUGCAGACCUAGAUCUUUACAACUCUCCAAUGCAGGAAGUUUAUCAUGCUUACGCUGAACCGCUCCCAAUCACUGGGCCUGAGUAUGCAACCCCAAUUGUCAUGGACAUGUCAGGGCACCCCACAGCCUCAGUUGGUCUGCCCUCUACAUCCACUUUCAAAGCUACAGGGAACCAUCAUCCCCCUUUAGUGGGAACUUACAAUACACUUCUCUCCAGGACUGACAGCUGCUCCUCAGCCCAGGCCCAGUAUGAUACCCCUAAAGGUGGGAAGCCAGCUGCCCCAGAAGAAUUGGUGUACCUGCCACAGGGCACACAGGAAGUAUCAGAAGCAAGAGGGGGUGGGGAGUAUGAUGUUUUUAAAGAAAUCCUUUGA